GUCUCUAAGAAUCAGAAUAGUCCACUUCAUGAUGAUGUCUUUAUUUUUAACUCAGGUGUCCCAGCGAUGGCUGGGGAUUCCAGGAAUGCCAUGAACCAGAACAUGGAGAUUGGAGUCACUCCCAGAGACCCCAGGAAGAUCCCCAAACAGGCUCGCGAUUACGUGCCCAUCGCCACGGACCACACCCGCCUGCUGGCCGAGGGCAAGAAGCCACGCCAGCGCUACAUGGAAAAGACCGGCAAGUGCAACGUGCACCAUGGCAACGUCCAGGAGACCUACCGGUACCUGAGCGACCUCUUCACCACGCUGGUGGACCUCAAGUGGCGCUUCAACCUGCUGGUCUUCACCAUGGUCUACACCAUCACCUGGCUCUUCUUCGGCUUCCUGUGGUGGCUCAUCGCCUACAUCCGGGGCGACCUGGACCACGUUGGGGACAAAGAGUGGAUUCCCUGUGUCGAAAACCUCAGUGGCUUCGUGUCGGCCUUCCUGUUCUCCAUCGAGACGGAAACCACCAUCGGGUACGGCUUUCGGGUGAUCACGGAGAAGUGCCCGGAGGGCAUCAUCCUCCUGAUGGUGCAGGCCAUCCUGGGCUCCAUCGUCAACGCCUUCAUGGUGGGCUGCAUGUUUGUCAAGAUCAGCCAGCCCAAGAAGAGAGCCGAGACGCUCAUGUUCUCCAACCACGCGGUCAUCUCCAUUCGGGACGAGAAGCUCUGCCUCAUGUUCCGCGUGGGGGACCUCAGGAACUCCCACAUCGUGGAGGCCUCCAUCCGGGCCAAGCUCAUCAAGUCCCGGCAGACCAAGGAGGGGGAGUUCAUCCCCCUGAACCAGACCGACAUCAACGUGGGCUUCGACACCGGGGACGACCGCCUCUUCCUCGUGUCGCCGCUCAUCAUCUCCCACGAGAUCAACGAGAAGAGCCCUUUCUGGGAGAUGUCCCGGGCCCAGCUGGGUCAAGAGGAGUUUGAAAUCGUGGUCAUUCUGGAAGGGAUGGUGGAGGCCACAGGCAUGACUUGCCAAGCACGGAGCUCCUACAUGGAUACAGAGGUGCUCUGGGGCCACCGGUUCACGCCAGUCCUCACCUUGGAAAAGGGCUUCUAUGAGGUGGACUACAACACCUUCCAUGACACCUAUGAGACCAACACGCCCAGCUGCUGUGCCAAGGAGCUGGCGGAAAUGAAGCAGGAAGGCCGGCUUUUCCCGUGCCUCCCCAGCACCCCCCUGCCGGGAAGCUGUGCGAAAGCAGAGCUGGAUGCUGAGGCUGAGCAGGAUGGAGAGGACCAGCUGGAGGGGCUGAAUGGGUCCCGGGAGACCAGGGGCUUGGUGUAAGGGCUGCCCUCUCCCCGCAGCCUCCCUCACUGGCUUCUAUGAGCUCAGAUGCUGCAGCGCCAGGGCUGGGCUGGGGUGGACUUGCUGAGUGCCAUGUUUGGGGG